GAGAGUUUAACAACGGGAAGGAUCAACACCCUUAACUGUGGAAAAAGUUCAGAGAGGUGGACCUACUGUUUAACAGCAGUUAAACUGGACAAAAUGAGACAGAAUUUAGAGAAUUUCUUCAGUCAUUUUACAUUCAGAGAAAAAGAAAUGGACGUUCAGACCAGAGAACAACUACAGGAACGACUGCAUGAGUACAUCUCUGGAACCUUUGAAGACAUCAAAACAGUGAUAAACUUCUGUGACAUAGAAGAAGAAUGGAUCCUCUGGAGGAAGACAGAGAUAAAGAUGAUGAGAGACAUCAAAAGGCAUGCAGAGAAAUUCUUAGGCCAUUUAAAAAAGCAGAAGCUGGAGGAGGAGCUGAGGGAGGUUCUGAACAACACUCUGGAGGGACUGAAGAUUCUCCAGCCCUUCCUGGAUGCAGUAGAAAGGCUAGCAGUCACCUCACUGCAUGUGUUUAAGGAGGAAAGUGUUCAGUUGGAGGGGGUGAGCUCUUCAGCUGUACGAUCAGUGAUCUUCACUGCCAGAUUCGUGUCUCCACUCCUCAUCCACUUCAAGAGAGAUUCAAGAGCUUUCUUCAUGCCCAACCUCGACAAUGUGGAGGUCCUGAUCUUCCAGCUGGAGAAAUACAUCCUUCUUACCCAACAGAUCUGCGAGAGAAUAUCCAAAAAUACAUUGAGAAUUAGAGGCAUACAGAAGAACCAUUCAUGGAAGUUCAGUUUCACUAUGAGUGGAUGGAUCUAUGAUACGCAUGAAAUGGACAAGCCAUUCCGACUGUCCUUCUUAUUUAAAGAAAAUGCUGAACACUUCAUUGAGACAUUCAGUGAAUGUCGUCCUCGGAUGUUCCAGUUCCUCUCUGAUCUAGAAGAGACUGCAGUCAAGCUGGACAGGAUGAAGAUGGGGUCCAGCAUCUCCACUGUGGCGGGAAGUUCAGUGGGCGUUGUUGGAGGUGUUGUGUCCAUUGUGGGCUUGGCUCUAGCUCCUGUCACUGCAGGAGCAUCACUGGCCCUCACACUCACUGGGCUUGGGUUGGGGGUCACCAGUGGAGUCAACAGCAUGGUCACAGGCAUCACUGAAUCUUUAGUCAACAAACAUCACAGAGGAAAUGCCAACAGCAUCUUCCAGAAAUUCAUGAAGGAUGUGCAGAAGAUUCUAGACUGUCUAGACAACGUAAGCAGUCAGUGUCCUGUAUUGAACCUGGAUGAGCCCGACGUGGCCCAUGAAGCUGGGAAAGUGAUAGCCAGCUCUGGAGCGGUAGGAAAAAGCAUUGACGCCAUUGUGGAUGGAGCUUUAGCUGUGAAGGCUCUCAGGAGUGAGGAAGUGGUUAGGAAGGCAGUCAGAUUGGGGCUUCAAGAGGCUAACGCAGGUCGCAACAUCCCUAAACUUGCUUCAGACCUGCCGGACAUCGGGCAGCUGGCUAAGGGCACUCCGCUGGCUCUUUCAAAAGCAGCCAGAGCUGGAUUUAUUGGUCUGAACGCUCUCUUCAUCGGUCUGGAUGUAUUUUUCAUCUGUAAAGAAAGUGUGAGUCUGGCCAAAGGGGAGAAAAGUGAACAAUCUCAGAUUCUCAGAUCCAGAUCGUCUCUGUGGCGCACAGAGAUAGACGCAUGGGAUGAGAUCUAUGAUUGUCUCUCUAAAGGGAAGGAUGCUUUCACAGAGAACCUGGACACUCUAGACCAACCUCUUAAUGCUACUGGAAUCCGCUUAGCAAUAAGAAAGUGUAUGAUGUGCUUUAAAAGAAUCAGGAAUGGGUUCAAAUAUAUGAUGAAGCAAUUAGAGUUAAUAGAAUAACUGCUUAUCUGACUGAAGCCUAUUAAAAUAAGCAAAGAUAACAAAUGUAGAAAAUUGAACACUAAUUGUAAUCAAUGAACAAACUGAAUUGCACAUCCAAUAUAUGUGGAGAUGUGAAAAAAAUGUCAAAGUACACUUAUCAUUUUAUCAGUGUAAAAAUUACAGUAGUGUGCAAAUGUUUGGCUAUCCCAGCACUGUAAAAAAAACCGUACUUACCGAAUGUUUUAAAAUAUAUUUUUAUAUAUUUAAGUUGACAAAGACUUUUCUAACGGUUUUGUUUUUGCUUGAUACAGUAUAAGAACAGUCUGCCAUCUCUCUAAAGUCUGAUAAAUGUUCUUAAAUGUCUUUUGCCGUAAAACUGGAGUUUUCAUUUGCAUUUCUAGCAGUUCUACAAGCAGUUCUCUUCUAAAGUGUUCCACAUCUAGAGAUUAUCCUGAUUUACAGCAUCUAAAGGAGAAACUAUGUAUUUUCAUCCAGUAGAUGUCACUUUAGACCACAGACUCUUUUUGUACUGACAGCUGAUUAGAAGAGCCCAAGGAUAAAGAUUGUUAAGAUAUGGUUUGGGGAUCAUGAGACCACUUCAGUUUCUAAAUCAGUUUCUCUGAUUUUGCUAUUUAUAGGUUUAUGUUUGAGUAAAAUGAACAUUGUUGUUUUAUUCUAUAAACUACAGACAACAUUUCUCCCAAAUUCCAAAUAAAAAUAUUCUCAUUUAGAGCAAUUAUUUGCAGAAAAUGAGAAAUGGCUGAAAUAACAAAACAAAGACGCAAAGCUUUUAGACCUCAAAUAAUGCAAAGAAAACAAGUUCAUAUUCAUAAAGUUUUAAGAGUUCAGAAAUCAAUGUUUGGUGGAAUAACCCUGUUUUUUAAUCACAGUUUUCAUGCAUCUUGGCAUCAUGUUCUCCUCCACCAGUCUUACACACUGCUUUUGGAUGACUUUAUGCCUUUACUCCUGGUGCAAAAAUUCAAGCAGUUCAGUUUGGGUUGAUGGCUUGUGAUCAUCCAUCUUCAUCUUGAUUAUAUUCCAGAGGUUUUUAAUUUGGUAAAGUCAAAGAAAAUCAUCAUUUUUAACUGGUUUCUUUUUUUUUUUUUUCCAAGAGAUUUUUUUUUUCAUGGGCUCUAAAACUGGGGCUCCAGGUUAGGGGAUUCCCUAAGGCGGUGCUGGCAUAUUCUCUAACCCCUUAAGUAAUGCAAUUUAAGGAGGUUUUUUUUCUGCAAAAUGUGUGAAUAAAUUGUAUACUAAAAAGAAUGUAUUACAUGCCAUCUGUGUGUUGAGACAGUGAGAC